AUGAAAUUUGGGGAGGCUUUUAUGGAGUAUCUCCAUGGAGAUCAAGAGAGAUUAUUGGAUAAGUGCUCUCACGUUGAGUACAAGAGGCUCAAGAAGGUUUUAAAAAGCUGCAGGACUUGCAGGGCAUUGAAGGAUUCCAAAGGAGAAGAAGAUGAUGAGAGCCGUACAUUGGCUCAGUUUUGCCAAUUUGAAUCUUGUCCAUUGUGCGAUCAGAAGUUCUUCUCUGAAUUGGUGAAGGAGGCUUCUGAUAUAGCUGGAUGCUUCCAUUCAAGGGUUAGGCAUCUUCUCCAUUUGCAUAUUGCAACUGGAGCACAAAGAUACUUGGUACGGUUGCGUCAAUGUUUCAUGAAUGAUCAGCUGGCGAUGGUACAAGAGGGUCAGAUGCUAAUUGAAUAUGUUACAAUGAAUGCUAUUGCAAUGCGGAAAAUCCUUAAGAAAUAUGAUAAAGUUCACGGCUCUGUGAAUGGCAGAAACUUUAAAUAUAAAAUGCGGGCUGAGCACCUAGAGAUUCUGCAGUCACCUUUGUUAAUUGAACUUGGGGCUUUCUAUAUGAAUUUUUUUGAAUCUAACAGUGGAAAGUCUGAUGGUUUUUCUCGUCCAUUCUCUUGUGAUCUUAGCACUACAGAACCAGUGGUGACUUUUAUGCUUCCAGAUUCCGUGAAGUUGGAGUAUCACCUGACAUGUGCUGUCUGCUUGGAAAUUGUUUUUAAUCCUUAUGCUUUGAGCUGCGGACAUCUUUUUUGCAAACUAUGUGCUUGCUCGGCGGCUUCUGUGAUGAGCUUUCAAGGUGUUAAGGCUGCAAGUCCAGAGUCGAAGUGUCCAGUUUGCAGGGAGGUCGGGGUAUAUGCUAAUGCAGUGCACAUGAUAGAAUUGAAUAUGCUUUUGAAGAAAAGGUGUAAAGAGUAUUGGAGGGAGAGGCAGCUCGCAGAUCGUGCUGAGAUGGUGAAGCAAACGAAGGAGUUUUGGGAUUUGCAAACCAAGUAUAUGAUUGGCUAUUGAUGCGAGUCUCUUAUAUUUGACAGCUGAAACUUCAAAUCUUUUAGCUUUUUGCGGAUGAGGCGUGGACUUGAUGUGCAUCUUGAAGCAUGCCUGGCCUGGGCCACGUAAUAAUUUUCAUGAACUGUUUUCUUGAUAGGAGGACAUCAUUCUUAAUUUCAGUGUCAAAGAGGAGGAAAGUUGAGGGGGAUUUUCUGCAUCCUCACGCGGGUAAUUUUGAUGUCCAAAUGCUUGCUUUAUGAGGUUGUUUCUGUUUAGAUAUUGGGAUGUUUGAAGAUUUGUCUGCAAUCUCACUGAUGAAACAGAGAAUUCUGAACUCCUUGAUGAUUUUUUUGCCAAUAAUGAAUGAUUUGACUGCUUGAUGAAUCAGUUGAUUAUUGUUUAUG